UCCCCCCGCUGGUCUGAUUCUUCUCUCCCAUGGCGGCCGAAGCAGCACCACCACCGCAGUCUCCGCCGGACGUCGACCCACGCAGCGGCUUCUGCGCAGCGACGAGGACCUUCCACAGCCUCCGCCCCACCGUCCCCCUCCCUCCCCCUUCCCUCCCCCUCUCCUUCCCCUCCUUCGCCUUCUCCUUCCUCCCUUCUUCCCCCCUCCCCUCCCACCCCGCUCUCAUCGACGCCGCCAAUGGCGACGCCAUCUCCUACCCGGAGCUGCUCUCUCAAAUCCGCUCCCUCGCCGCCGCGCUCCGCUCCUCCGGCGCCGUGUCCAAAGGCGACGUCGCCUUCAUCCUCUCCCCNCUCCCCUCCCACCCCGCUCUCAUCGACGCCGCCAAUGGCACCUCCUCCACCGCCCACAAGCUACCGUCCAACCUCCCCACCAUCCUCCUCGACUCCCCCCGAUUCCGAUCCUUCUUGCAAAUCUCCGAAUCUUAUCCCACAGUGGAGGCCGUUGUGAUCCGCCAAUCGGACUCCGCGGCGAUCCUCUACUCCUCGGGGACGACGGGGCGGGUGAAGGGCGUUUUGCUCACCCACCGCAACCUGAUAGCGGCCACGGCGCCGCUGGCAGCGGCCGCGUCGGCUGCUGCUGCUGCACCGGCGGCUAGAAUGCUGCUGACGGUCCCGCUCUUCCACGCCUACGGCUUCGCUUUCUGCCUCAAGGCGGCGGCGGUCGGGGAGACGGCGGUGAUUCAGACGGAGAGGUUCGACGCCAAGCGGACGCUGAAGGCCGUCGCGCGCUUCCGGCUGACGCAUCUCGCAUUGGCGCCGCCGGCCGUGCUGGCGCUGGUGAAAUUUCGAGAGGCUGGGUGCGCGGGCGCGGCAUCGGUGGGCGACGUGAGCUCGCUGGCCGUGGUGACCUGCAGCGGGGCGCCGAUCGGGACCGAUUUGAUCCGGCGGUUCUUGGCGAGCUUUCCCAAUGCACGCCUCACCCAGGGAUACGGAUUGACCGAGACAACGACCGGUGUUUUCCGGUUUCAUGGUGAGGAAGCAAGCCAACGUAUCGGUUCUGUCGGACGUCUCGUGUGGGGCUGCGAAGCAAAGAUUGUCGAUUCGGGCACUGGAAUUGCUUUGCCUCCAGGCGCUCGAGGGGAGCUUUGGAUUCGAGGACCAUUAAUUAUGCAGGGUUACAUUGGUGACGAGAGAUCAACCUCUGAAAUUCUGAACUCCGAAGGAUGGUUCAAAACUGGGGACCUCUGCUACAUCGAUGACGAUGGAUUCCUCUUCAUUCUUGAUAGGUUAAAAGAGUUGAUAAAAUAUAAGGGAUACCAGGUUCCCCCUGCAGAACUCGAGCACUUACUUCAAACUCACCCAGAAAUCACUGAGGCUGCAGUUAUUCCAUAUCCGGAUGAAAAUGCAGGUCAAGUCCCCAUAGCCUUUGUUGUAAGACAACCCAACAGCACGCUGAAUGAGGCACAAGUCACGGAAUUUGUAUCUCAACAGGUUGCACCAUACAAAAAGAUUCGCCGUGCCAUUUUCGUUGAAUCAAUACCUAAGAAUGCUUCAGGGAAGACAUUGAGGAAGGAUUUGGUACAAGUCGCGUUCUCGAGAUUACAAUCGAAGCUAUAGCUUUAUCUAUGUGCAACUUGGCCGCAAAUGUGAUUGAGCCUUUUGCAUUUCUCUGAACAAAUGAAAAUAAUGCUGUAUUGAUAGAACAAUUACACUCGUAUUGCUGUGACGGUGAUCGAGUUAAUUAUAACUACAAUUACAUUUAAAGAAGGUACCAGUUUUUCCUAAAUAGAAUAGCCAAAAAUGAAUGGCGUUCCACUGUUUGCUCGGAUGUAAAGCAUUAUUUUCAUUUGUUAGAGGGGCUCAGUAAGAAGUUCGCUUCAAUCAACCCCUUGUUUCUGGAAGUGACUACCGUACGGAGGGGUUCACAGUUAUAUUUGCUUAAAUCAGUGGAGUUUCCACAUUAUGGUUCC